AUGCAACACGAUUGUAAUGCUACGAGACAUUUAUUAAAUCAUCUUAUUAAUACUUUAUACUCAUUUGAAAAACUUGAAAAAAGUUCAAGUGAUGGCAAAGUUUCUGGUACAAUACAAUUUGCAUUAUCAACAAUGACAGUUAUUGAUAAUCAUACGUUAAAACUUUAUGGCUCACAUUAUUGUAAAUCGAAAAUGUGUACUGCUAAACAACGAGAAGGAUUUACAGCUCAAAAAGCAUAUUUCCAGAUCUAUAUUGUACAGAAAAUGCUUCGCGGUGGUAGAAGAGGCAGAAGAAGAGGAGGAAAAUACACAUUUCGACCAAUAAACGCAAGUCAAACUGGAACACCGACAGAUACCACCAAUCGGGCAAGUGGUGAUGAUGAGAGUGAUAAACAUGUUGUACGUACUGUAUUUCUUCGACAAAUAUGUGUAAAUAGUUGUUCAAGUUCACUGAACGAACAAGAUUUGCGACAAUAUUUUGACUUUUAUGGUACAAUUGUCAAUUUUCAUCUGAUGAAAGAAAACGGAAGUGCACUUGUCGAAUACAGUCAAUCCGAUCCGAUACCUAAAAUACUUUUGGAUCGACCGCAUAAAAUCAAACAGAUUAGUAUUGACGUACGAAAGGGAGGAAGAGGUGCCAUUGCACCAUCAAGUCCACAAGGAGAAGACGAUGUAAAGCAUAAUUAUAUGAACCAUGAAAAGGCUACUGGUCAAAAUGAUACUACUUUUAAACACCAAUCAAGAACUAUCGGUUCUAAUGGAAAUUGCAAUAUCCUCAGUAGUAUUACAACUCGAACUCGCAAUCGCUCACGAUUAGUUUCUAAGUUGCGUGGUGACGCACGUGGUACAACAGGUAAGAAUUACGGUUUUUAA